AUGAAGUUUCUUUCCCGAGUGCCAUUCAUAGAUCUGAUUAAGCAGAAAAUUGUGAGCCUGGUGAGCAACGAUAUGAUAAAAUUAAGUCCAGAGGCAGUUGAAUCCUUUGAUGCAGCAAAACAUAGACAACGAUCGAUCGAUAGCUUUGAACAAACGUGGCCUUGGUAUCGUCAACUUAUAAAAUCAAUAGCUUAUUCUACACAAAUUCCAUCUGAUACAUUGAACAAUUAUGUUCGAACCAUUGGCAUUCUUCUUUUACUUGCGAUUCUCUUUCCAUUCAGUUUAUUAAUUACGAUAUUUACAAUAGUUUGCUCAAAAUUAAUCCGUCUUUUCAAACAAAAUGAGUCAACACCAAAACCAAACCAUUCUAGCAAACGAAUUCUUAUCUCUGGCGGAAUGAUGACAAAAGCACUCGUCUUAUGUCGUGGAUUUCAUCGAGCUGGCCAUAAAGUUAUUCUCGUUGAUGAAGCUAUCAAUUGGCUCACAGGUCAUCGUUGGUCCAAUUCUGUCGAACGAUUUUACAUUGUUCCGUCACCUGAAAAAGAUCCCGAAGCAUAUAUGCAAUCACUUGUAGAUAUAGUUCAAAAAGAAAAUAUUGAUAUGUUCGUACCAGUCACUGGUCCUUACCAUGCUCACAUCGAUGCACAAGUCAAAGCUCGUCUAAAACAACACAAUUGUUCAACAUUUCACCUGAAUACUGAUGAAAUAACUCUUGUAGAUAACAAGUAUUCAUUUACUGACAAAGCUCGUUCAUUGGGUUUACCCGUGCCUAAAUCUCAUUAUAUCACAUCACGACGUCAAUUAAUGGAUUUUAAUUUCGAUCAAGAAAAGCGUCCAUACAUCUGCAAGAGUAUCAUGUACGAUUGGCUUGAUCGAGGAGCAAUGAUCACAUUACCACGAGCAACACGAGCCGAAACAAUUGAAUAUAUCAAUCGUUUACCCAUCAGCGAAGAAUGUCCGUAUAUUCUACAAGAAUUCAUUCAAGGUGAUGAAUACUGUACACAUGGCACAUGCUUGAAUGGGAAUUUGGCAUUAUUUACUUGCUGUCAUUCGUCAGCAUGGCAAUUAAAUUAUAAACAUAUCGAUCAUCCAGCUAUUUUGCAAUGGUCUACAACAUAUGUUCGAGAAUUGAAAUUAACUGGUCAUGCAUCGUUUGAUUUUAUUGUUAGCCAUGAUGACGGUAAAGCGUAUGGAAUUGAAUGUAAUCCACGUGUUCAUUCGGCAAUUACAGCAUUUUAUAAUCAUCCACGUAUUGCUGAUGCUUACUUCCCAUCUGAUUUUCAGACGACGAUGAUACCAUUGCCAACAGCACGUGAAACUUAUUGGUUAACGCAUGAAUUAUGGAGAAUCAUUCGAAAUAUUCAGUCAAGUGAUCAAGUUUGUCAAUCAUUACAGAGAAUAUUCUACGGUAGAGAGGCAAUCUGGUCGUUUGAUGACCCGUUACCGUUUCUCUUACACUAUCAUGUUCAUAUCGUAUGUCUUCUCUUGGAUAAUUUACGACCAACUCGUAUUCGAUUUUUUCAUAAAGUUGAUUGCUGUCUUGGCGAACUUUCAUAA